CACUGAGUCGUCACUGACCCUUACAAACACAAACAACAACAAGAAUUUUGUAGUUUUCACGUCGUUUUUAACAUUGUUUAAAACAUUACUGUUAUAUUAUACGAGUCCAUCAUGACGACAAUGGACAUCUGGAAGACUUUUGAGCCUGAUACUUACUACAAGAGCUUCCUGGAGAAAAACAAGAGACCAGAUGGUCGAGGACUGAUGAGUGUCCGGCCCAUCACUGUCAAAGUUGGGACUAUAACUACAGCUGAUGGUUCAUCCACUGUACGUGUGGGCCACACCACUGUCAUCUGCGGUAUUAAGGCAGAAAUAGCCACCCCAGUACUCAGGAACCCAAACCAAGGCUUCAUUGUACCUAAUGUGGAACUAUAUCCAUGUUGUUCUCACAUGUUCAAGAUAGGGCCACCUGGUGAGAAAGCAAUGGCUACCAGUCAAUUUUUAAAAAAUGUCAUCAGCAGUGCUAAGGUACUGGACCUGACAGACCUCUGCAUUGUGCAUAACAAGUUGAUGGACCCAACAGCAGAAGAUGAAACUCAGGGAAGUGGGGAAGUGACUGUGGUUCUUCUGGAAAAUGGAUCGCUGUGCACCACACACAAGCCUGGUGGUCAACUCAUCUUGCCCAACAUCCUUGAUACAUUUGUUGAUCUUGCUAAACAGAGAGUUCAUGCUGUUAAUACUUUAAUUGGUAAAGAAAUCAAUGAGUGAACAAAUAUCUCAUAAUGUUCAGAGCCAUGUUUACUUGUUAUAUGAAUAGCAACACACCAUGCAAUGUUUAUUUUUAAUUUUUCUACUUUUGAUUUAAUCUAAAAAUAAAACAGAAAAUCAGUAAA